AUGGGGAAAGGUUUUAAUAAUUACAUGUGUAAAAAGUUUUUCCAUCCUGCAUCUCGGGAUAAUUUGAAAAGAGUAUGGAUGGCAGAGCAAAAAGCCGAAGCUUACAAAAAAAAACAAGAAGAACUUAAAAUGCAAUAUGAAAAGGAGCAAGAUUUAUACACGAACAAAGCUAUGCUGAGCAAAGAAAGUAACGAUAAGUUAAGUGUUAAUUUUUUAUACGAACCACCACCCGGUGCUAAAAAAGAAAGGGAAAGAGAGGAUAAUGAGCCGGAAUAUAAAUUUGAAUGGCAGAGAAAAUACAACGCUCCCAGAGAAAGUUAUUGUAAGGGAGAUUCAGAAAUUCGCGAUCAACCUUUUGGCAUACAAGUUAGAAAUGUCAGGUGUAUCAAAUGUCACAAAUGGGGUCACAUAAAUACAGAUAGAGAAUGCCCUUUGUUUAAAGAAGGUGUAAAUCAUAAUUUAGGUUUGGAUCCAUUAAAUAAACCAUCCGAUGACAAAUUAAAUCCUCUUGAAUUAGUCAAACAAAUGCAGGAAGAUGGAUUACAUUUAAAAACUAGCGCGUUGGCUCUACAGCAUCAUGUAGACAUGAGAGGAAAUAGAACGAUGAUUCCGGAACCUUCACUCGAUGAAGAAAUUUUAAAUAGGCUAACAUAUAGUCAAAAGAAAUUAUUUUUGAAAACUUUAAAGAAAAUGUUGAAAGAAAAAAAGAAAAAGAAAAAAUUAGCCAAAAAGGAAAAAAAAUCUAAGAGAAAAUAA